CGAAGUAAAAAUAUAACCAUGACGAAAUGAAUGGAAUUAUCCUAGAUUUUAGCCGAGUUCAGCAAUAAAUCAACCGGUAUAUAAAACGGGAACUGAUUUAAAGAUCAAAAUUUUGUUUGAAAGAUGGAUAACGAUGUUCUUACCACGCUAAAGAUCUUGAUUAUUGGAGAAAGCGGCGUUGGAAAAUCCAGCCUGCUUCUAAGAUUCACUGAUGACACAUUUGACCCUGACAUUGGAUCCACCAUAGGUGUUGACUUCAAGGUUAAAACUUUGACUGUGGAUGGAAACAAAGCAAAACUAGCAAUUUGGGACACAGCAGGGCAGGAACGCUUCAGAACCCUGACUCCCAGCUACUACAGGGGAGCACAAGGAGUUAUUUUAGUUUAUGAUACAAGCAGCAGAGAGACAUUUGAGAAAUUGGAAGAAUGGCUCAAUGAAAUUGAAAUGUAUUCAACCAAAAAAGACAUCAUAAAAAUGCUUGUUGGCAACAAAAUAGAUAAGGAGGGUCGUGAAGUUGAUAGAAAACAGGGAUUACAAUUUGCAAGAAGACAUUCCAUGUUAUUUAUUGAAGCAAGUGCAAGAACAAGAGAGGGGGUUCAACUUGCUUUCGAGGAACUAGUAGAGAAGAUUAUCCAGACUCCAGGUUUAUGGGAAAAGGAUGGUGCCACAGGAGGAGUAACCCUUACAACAGCAGGGUCACAGGUCAUUUCAGGUUGCAGUGGAAUGUGUUUACUUACAUGACAACUGAAGUUUUAUUUUAAGUGCGUCUUGUAAAUAGAGAAUUUAGAAGAAAUAUUUCAUUGUAUUCCAUUUAGUUAUUCUGGAAAUGAAAUAGAACCUUAUGGUACUUUCCAAUCCUAAAUUUACCCACUGAACUUUAAAUUAUGUUAACCAAUAAAUAUGAUCAUUUUUUACAGUUUUAAAGGAAUCUAGACUUGCCCUUUAAUUAACAAAUGAAGAAGCCUUGACUGUGCUUUGUUUUGUUGUAAAGCACGCAGGACGCAGCUAGAGCGUGAAAGAAGUGUAUGGAGAAACACAAGACCUAGUCAAGUGUUUCUCCCCACUUCUUGACAAGAGUGAAUGGCUAUGGAAAGUUGAUGUGAUUGUUGUAAAUGAGAUCCAACAGAGAAACUUCUAUUUUCUUAGAAUGAGAUAUUGAAAGUGUAUGAAAUUUAAGGGUGUACCCUGCCACCCCUCACUUCCCAGCAGAGGUCAUCAUGAAACAUCAUUUUCUUGCAAUUUUUAUUCACAUGGGAGGUAGUGGGAACUAGAAAUGUUUUCAAUAGAAGGAAUUGCUUUGAUCCUACACGAAAUUGUUAGUUUUAGUCAAGAAUUCCUUUGUUAUUGUCUAGGAGAAACAGCUUUUAAAUCUUGACUUUGGAAGAGACUCAGGGUUUAUAGUAAACAGUACAAACAAACAAGAGUUGUACACUGCGAUCCAUGCAGGCAUGCUAAGAGUUCUCCAUACUGAAUAUUUCCUUAGCUUUUUACAAUUUCUUCAGGAUAACCUGUAUUGCAGGCAGACUAUUUAAACCUGAUGAUCAAGUCCUGAAGAUUUGAUCGUUUAAGAGGAGAAUUGGGUGUUUUCUUUCAAAAUGCAGCUGAUGCUGAACAAAUACAACAAACUUAUACUCUUCUGGUUAACUUCCAAGAGUCUUAUUUGUCCAUAUUAGCAACUCUAACACUUCUGCCAAUUUUUUGUCAUAUUAGCUACUUUGUAAAGCAAAUAAAUGGGAUAUAUUUGGUCAAAAA